AUGCGAGCCAUUUCCAGCGCUGGCUCUCAUCGCCACAUUUUCCGUGGCAGCAUGCAUGCAUCUGGCACGAGAACCCGCGAGGCCUCGCGGCGCGUGGUGGAGGCCACAUUGCGGGUGGUGCUGGUGGCGGUCGUGUUCUCGUUGGCCGCGGGAACUCCUGGCAGGAGGGAGAUGGGGGACGAGGGGAAGCAGGAUGGGCAGGGCGAGGGGGAGGAAGGCGUGGAGGCGUGGGUGGUGCUGCGUGUGCUGCGACCGCUGGUGCAGCGACUGAUGCGAGCCAAGGUGAUUGCCGCCUUCCACUUGGAAAGGGCAGCGUCGCAGGGUGGAGCUGGCAGUUCACGAUUCUCACAUCAGCAGCAGUGUAUACAUGGAUGCGUGUUAGCGGAUAGAAGCAGUCGUUCGGUCGUUCGCAGGAAACUCGAGGCGCGCACCACUGGCGCCCGCGUCUACAGCAGAGUGCUUGCGGUGAUGCGGGAGGAGUGGGACUUGGGUGGAGAGCAGGGUGGCGAGGGUGGAGUAGUAAGACAGGCAGGCAGCGCUUGCUGGGCAGUCGACAGGCACAAGCCACGGUAUUCCGGCGCCCCUCUCCUCCCCCCCAACCCCGCCUACCCCACCUUCGUACCCGCCAGCCACACCAUGCCCGUAGGGCCCUCGUCGCCCCUGGACCACGCCAUCUCCCCCUCCAUCCCUGCUCUCGCAGUCGGGUGGCCCCAUGCCCGCUCCCUAUGUGGUCACUGCGCCCUCCGCCUCUCCUCAAACAACGCGUUACAGGGCUGGGCAGUGGCAGCAACAGUGGCAGGUGUGCCUCCUCCCCCGCCCCGCGUCCCGCAACAACUUCUCCGAGUAAGGGGAGGGCGAGAGGGCACGGGAGGUGGCGACCACGGCGAAGAGAAGUGGGGGCGAGAGGGCACGGCGGUGGCUGAUGGACGAGCUGGGGGCACUAGGCAUGGACAGCGGGGAAGAGAAGUGGGGGAGGCGGGGAGUGGGGUGGGUGAGGUCCGUUCUGGACGACUUGGGGGCAGCAUGGGCGAGAGCAGUUGUGGAAACACAGGCGGAGCAGAGGUGGGAGCAUGCGAAGGGGUGGGGAGGGGAAGGGGGGUUUGGGGGACCUUGGGUCAGAACAUGGGGGGGAGCAUGAGCGGCAGUUUCAUUGAUACGAACAUGAGCGGAGGAGGUGGCAUAGCAGGGGCAGGGAGACAAGGUCACCCAGGCAUGGAGGGAGUGCGGCGGCCACAAGCAGGAACAGGCAGCAUAGGUAGCACACGCAGCACGGGCAGCAUAGGCAGGAGGAGCGCGAGCAUGGAUGUGUCACGCCGUUGCUGGCAGUCGAUGCCAUUCUCACUCACAGACGCCUCCUCCUCCCUGGGCUUCCCGCAGCACCGGCAGCAUGGCAGUGCCGCAGUGCCCACAAUGGUGGCGGCGGUGGCAUGGUGGGCAGCAGUGUGGAGUGCAGUCACAGCAUCAGCGUGGUGA